UCUCCUUGCUGUGGCUUUUAGUGAGGUCUUCCUACCAGUAACUGGGUGAUGGGAUUGCUGGAACUCAGGGGUGAGAUACAGACAGUAAGGAAGCAGUGAGGUCUGAUGGGGUCUAGUCCCAUCUCUAGCAUCUAAAGAAGCUUGCAGAAGAGCAGAUGAGGCAUCUGGUGUGCUUAGGUGUCCAAAUUAACAGUCAGGGAUCAGGCAGCUCACUGCUGAGCUUAUUUGCAACAUGUGUGAGGAAAUGACAUUAUUUUAAAGGGGUUUAUGGUAUUUCACCACGGAUUGGAAGCAUUUAUUUUCUUGAGAGAUGAGCCUAUGAAGUCAUUGCAGUUACAGUGAAUGUUCCAGUGUUGUGAUGGAAAGAUACGUUCCAUUGAUGUGGUGAUAAAGUGGAUAAAAUAACUUUGAAGCUGAUUUGCUGUGACCAUGGAUAACCAGUGAGGACACACAGCAUUUUCUGGAAUAUUGGGUGUUCUCAUAAGGAAGAUGUCUCUUCUGCAGCAGCUUUAUAAGGACGUGCUGGGAGGGAUCCCACUAGCAAAAGAAAGCCACUAUUAUGCCUCUUUACUUAAUCUCUGUGUUCAGCAGCCACUAGAAGGAAGUGGAACCUGCCAUCCAAUGCAUCUGCCAUCUACCAGUGGUGCUCUUAGUAGCCCUCAGGACACUGAUAUGGCAGAAGUGGCUGACCCUACACCAGCUGAUAUCUCAAACAGCUUUGCAAACAUUAGCUCCUCGUUCUGUCCACGAGAAGUGAUGCUGCUUCAGUUAACCUUGAUCAAGAUGAUGGUUGCUAAAGCAGAGUCCCAGGAAAUUGAAUUCAAUACCAGGCAGAAGUACUGUGAAAUCUUUGUCCUGCUCCUGAAGGAGGCAAAAAUUGACUCAAAAUUGAUUUCCCUGCUUGGUGGUUGUGAUCAGCUGUUAUCUCAUAUGGCUUCUAAAAGUUUAGCAUCUCUUGUGUAUUUCCAGCUGAAGGAGGAGAAUGCAUUAAAUGUCACCUGGCUCACCUUUAGCUUGAAGACUCUUUCAGGAUUCCCUGUGAAUGCCCGGGUAGCAGAAUGUCUGUGGACUCUUACAACUAUCAUCAAGGACAUACUGAAAGAUAAAGUUUUACCCAAAGCAGGUAUUUUGAAGAAGUUGCUGGCUCCUCUUGAUGCUGUGCUUGAAGGAUUUUAUAAUUCCAUUCUGUGCCAUCAUUUUGACAGUCACCACUAUAUUUUGCCUUAUUCUGAAGCUGCAAACAAUUUGAUUGGUUUUAUAGACCUGCUUGAAGAACUUUUAGCUUCCAGAAUUGAAUUCGAGCUACCACUUAGAUGCCAGAGAAUAUUAUUUUUGAAAAUUUCUUAUGUCCUGAACCUCAUUAGCUCAUCAAUUCACUAUUUAAUCAAGAAGAAAUUAAUCAUGCUCCUUAAAAAAUGUGUCCUCCACAAGGUUAGAGAAGAUGGCAAAAGUGGAGCACUUGUCUUACAAAAUCCAGCUUUAUGUGAGGAUCUGCUUGUGCUGAGUGAUGCUGUUCUGCAGGUGAUGACUUUGACCUGGCUUCAUCAGAUCCCACUCAGCAAAAAAGCCAGCAGCUUCGGGGGUGGUGAAGCUCCUCCUGGAGGUGAUUCUCAGGCUGGUUCUGACCAAACUGUUCUCAGAGCCUUGAGUCUGGUUGUGCUCAAAGCGCUGGAAUUCAAGUUUCAGAGCUCUGCUCCAGAAGCUGAAAUCAAAGGAGACUUUCAGAGUUCCAUGUCCCAGCUGUUGGUGUUCUGGAGAAGUCAUCUGGAGUCUUCCCCACAGUCUCACCCCGUUGUACAUCCCUGUGAAUGGCUCUCCUUGAUUUUCAUAGAGCAAGAUGAUGACAUGUGGGAAGCUGCUAAAGCUUUACUAAUAAUUUAUUUAAAAAUUGAUAGGUUAUGGGAUGAUGAUGCUGCUGGUAACUUCAGCCAAAAAGAGGAGGAAACCUGGAACAACCUUACACAUGCAGGUGGAUAUAAUCCUCACUGUAUCUUUUUAUUUUUCCUAGAAAAAAUUGCAUUUGAUUCCACAGUGCUUCUAGAUUUUUUGAUUUCUUCAGAAACUUGCUUUCUGGAGUACUUGGUAAGGUACUUAAAGCUUCUUAGAAAAGACUGGCAUCAGUUUGUAGAUGUCUGUAACCAUUUUGAUACCAAGCAUGGGACUUUCCAAGCAAUUUCUUCUAUCAAGCCAGCACAUCAAGAAAAACAAAGCCGUGUGACUGGUGAGAGUUUGCAAAAUGCUUGUGAACAAGAACCACAGACUCAGGAAUCUUUGGCUGCUCCUCAGAAUUAUUUAGUGUUUACAAGAGAGCAAGGUGAUAAUGAAGCUGCAGAGUCUAACCAGUCUAACUCAUUGAUAUGCACUGAUAGUACAGCUCUGCUGGGUUCUCUUCAAAGCCUUGUUAAUUAUGACAGCUCAGAAGACUCUGAAUUAGAAUCAGAUGGGAAGGAGUGCUUGGGAAACACAAAGCAGGUGCCUUUAAAUAAUGAGGGUGAGACAAGGUUUGGGGAAACUGGUUGCAGCUACACAGAUGAUAAUAAGAACACACUCAAAUCUGAAGUGUUGCCUCUGAAACAAAAGGGAUUCAGUACCUCAUCCUGUUUGACUUGCAUGGCCUCUUCAGAUAACAUGAUUCCCCCCAAAGUAAUGCUUUACAAAUCGACAAAAUGUUUGGAAGAACUGCAAAAAGCUAUUUCUAGGUUGCAGAGAAGAAAUCUUUUCCCAUAUAAUCCAUCUGCAUUGUUAAAACUACUGAGCCAAGUUGAGGAGAGCAGUAAGAACAUGAAUUCCCAGUAAGCCAAAGAAGUGUUCCAGUGGUUUAGGGUUUUUUUAACUGGUAUACUAGAGAACAUUUUGGUGAGAUUAAUGACUUCUAAAGCUCAUGCCUCUUACACCUGUCAGUGUAUUUAAGCUGAAACAGGAUGAACACAUUGGUUGACACCUUAAAAAAAUCUUCAGUUGCAUUCAGUGAUAGAAUCCAUUACCUUAUGGUCUUGGGCUUAUUCAUGAUAUGUGUGUCACUGUUUGGUAUAUAAGGGUUAAUUGUUAGGUGUUCAAAAUUUGAUAAUAAUGACUAAUGUGAAACAAUAUUUGCUACCUUAUUGUCAAUUAUAUUUGAGGUCAUUCUGUAUGUCAAAUAAUUUCCAGAUUGGUAGAGAUUUAUGGACUACAAUGCAGUGUUAAUGCAACACUGGACUACAUAGAGAUUGAGCUAAAUAAAAUGUUUUAGUUGUGGAC